AUGGUGCCCGCUUGGAUGGUGCCGCCGCUGCCGCUCACUCCGCACAACAAGUUACCAGCCUUUCCGAAAGGAGGAAGAAGGAGGGGAGGAAAGGGGAGGGUAGGGAAGGGAAAGGGGGUGGGGAGCCGAGAGCAGAGGAGAGGACAGAAGAGACAGGAGUCGGUAGCGGAGCACCCACACCGGCGGCCGCUGGAGCUCGGGGUGAGGAGCGGGGAGGGGGCAGGAGGGGGGAGUGGUCAGCGGGCGGGCGGGCGCGCGGCGGCUUCAGCUCUCCUUUCCUUCGACGCGCUCCUCUUACACGCGCCGGGAGUGUGCGAGUGUGAGCGUGCGUGCGUGAGUGGCCGUGGCCGUGGCCGCCGCCGCCGCCGCCGCCGCCGCCACCCGGGCUGCUCUAGGGGCCCGGCUUCUCUGCGCGUCCGCCUGGGGCUCACGGGGGCCCGGGGCGGCCGCUGGUUGGCUCGCGCACCGCCCUCGCCUCCAAUCCCCGGUGCCUGUCCUAAUUUCCUGAUCCAGGGAACCUGCCGCCGCCGCAGCUGUGCGCUCCCUACAGUCAUUACAGUGCCCUCCCGGCAGCCGCCAACUGAACACGCAGCGGCAGCAGUUAGCGCUGAUGCAACUCUCGCUGCUACUGCCACGGCUUCCCCACUAACCGGCCGUGCAGCUGGGGGGUACUUGCAGUUUCCAGGGGCAACAAGCAUCUCUCUACCACCCUCUCCUGCGCCCCUGAGAGAGGCUGCAGCUUUCUCUUCACCAUCCACCAUGACUGCAAGCUCCUUGAGGUCCUCACCAGAAGCAGAUGCCAGCAGCACACACUUCCUAUACAGCCUGCAGAACUGCCCUGAGCUUGAUGUAGAAGACUAUCAUAUGAACCAGAGAGGGUAACUGAACCCAAAGAAAUGACUCCAACAUGAAGCUAAAGACACGCCUUAAAGGAUGAGGAGGAGCAGAAAUCCCACCAGCAAGGCAAGAAAGAAGCUGUGCAUGAACAGUGUUUGUGAGAGCAGAUAUGAUCCCCACUUUACUGACAAGUAAACGAAGGCUCGACAAAGUGAAAUCUGAGAGAAUGCUAAUAAUUGUGAAGCAUUUCCUUUGGCGAAAGUUGGUUCCACAUUUUGCCUCUGCUUUACACCCAGAAGGAAAAGAAGUUACAGGAGCCGAUCUGUCUUACACUCUUCCAUGAUCAUAAUCAAGAGGUCCCUGGAUCUAGAGAGUCAGAGCACUAGAGCAAAAUGAAUCCUGGAACGGGAAUGGAAUGCUUGGAUUUGGAAGACCCAGUGUAAGGAAGCGUCACAGUUGGGAAGCAUCCUGGCUGUGCCAUGGU